AUGGCCUCAAACGGCACCACCAUCGAGAACGGGACACAUCCCCUCUCAUCCGACGGCACAACACUAUCCGCCCUCCCCAAAUCAUGGCACUUCACUGCCUCUCUCCCACCAGAUGCCGCCUUCCCCACGCCAGCUGACAGCCACAAGGCCGAUCGCGAUGACCUUGGUCCUCGCCAGGUGAAGAAUGCCAUUUUCACAUGGGUUCGUCCCGAAAAGCAACAAGAUUCCGAGCUCCUUGCCGUCUCUCCAGCUGCCAUGCGCGACCUAGGUCUCGCACUGUCGGAAGCAGACACGGAAGAAUUUCGCCAAGUAGCAGUAGGCAACAAGAUCAUCGGAUGGGACGAAGAGACGCUUUCUGGCCCUGGCUACCCAUGGGCUCAAUGUUACGGAGGCUUUCAGUUCGGUCAAUGGGCAGGACAACUCGGUGACGGGCGCGCCAUCUCUCUGUUUGAGGGAACCAACCCGGCAAUAGGUGUCCGGUAUGAGGUUCAGCUCAAAGGGGCCGGCAUGACGCCUUACAGCCGCUUUGCGGACGGCAAGGCCGUUCUACGCUCCAGCAUCCGCGAGUUUAUCGUCAGCGAGAACCUCCACGCCCUCGGUAUCCCCAGCACGCGCGCGCUAGCCAUCAGCCUGCUCCCUCACUCGCGCGUUCGGCGUGAGACCAUGGAGCCCGGCGCCAUCGUGGUCCGUAUGGCCCAGAGCUGGCUGCGCUUCGGCAACUUCGACAUCCUCCGGGCGCGCGGCGACCGCAAGCUCGUCCGGCAACUAGCCACCUACAUCGGCGAGGAAGUCUUCGGCGGGUGGGACAAGCUUCCUGGGCGCUUAGCCGAUCCCGAGGGUGCGCCCGGCGACGAACCUCCCCGGGAAAUUCCCAAAGAAACCAUCGAAGGCCCCCCUGGAGCCGAAGAAAACCGCUUCCACCGUCUCUACCGCGAAAUUAUCCGGCGCAACGCUCUGACGGUUGCCAAGUGGCAGAUCUACGGCUUCAUGAACGGUGUGCUCAACACGGACAAUACCUCCAUCUUGGGUCUGUCCAUCGACUUCGGCCCCUUCGCCUUUAUGGACAACUUCGACCCCAACUACACGCCCAACCACGACGACUUCGCGCUGCGCUACAGCUACCGCAACCAAGCGACCAUCAUCUGGUGGAACCUAGUCCGACUGGGCGAAGCCCUAGGCGAGCUGAUCGGGGCCGGACCUGAAGUCGACUCCGAAUCUUUUGUGACCAAUGGGCUCAACUUCGACGAUGAAGCCGCCUCGAAACCCAUUGAGGAACGCGCUCACAAACUCAUCACCCAGGCCGGCGAGGAGUUCAAAGCCGUCUUCAUGGGCGAGUUCAAGCGCCUAUUCACGGCGCGCCUCGGGCUCAAGACGUACAAAGAAUCCGAUUUUAACUCACUCUUCGACUCCCUCCUCAACACUAUGGAAGCCCUCGAGCUCGAUUACAACCUCUUCUUCCGGCGUCUCAGCACGCUCAAGACCGCCGACCUGCAAACCGAAGAAGCCCGCCAAAAGGCAGCUGAAGUCUUUUUCUCCCAAGUCGAAGACGUGCCUGGACCGGAAACCGACAAAGAAAAGGCUCGCAAGCGCGUGGGCGAGUGGUUGGAUAAGUGGCGGGUGCGGAUCGAGGAGGAUUGGUCGACCUCCGCAGCUGACUCGGAGGAGCGUGUUGCUGCGAUGAAAAAGGUUAACCCUAGCUUUAUCCCAAGAGGAUGGAUUCUGGACGAGGUGAUUCGCCGCGUGGAGAAGCAGGGCGAGCGGGAGGUGCUCAAGAGGGUGUUGCAUAUGGCUACGCAUCCGUUUGAGGAUGCGUGGACGGGGAAGGAAUUUGAGGAUGGACCGACCGGGAAGGGCGUUUAUCAGGGUGAUAAAGCGGAGGAGGAGAGGUGGACGGGGGAUGUGCCGCAGCAGAAGAAGGCUAUGCAGUGCAGUUGUAGCUCUAUCAUUAGCGAAGCCUUUUAUUGA